UCCUCAACACACCUAUACACAGUUAAGAGCUAUUAAGAACAAGAAGAUAAUGGAGAGUUUCAUGCGUAUGUUUUCGGCUGUCUUCGUCGCUCUUCUGCUUCUGGUGGCUACUGGAAUGGGGCCAAAUACAAUGGUCGCAGAAGCAAGAACUUGUGAGAGUCUGAGCCACAAGUUCAAGGGAACUUGCUUGAGUGAGACCAACUGUGCAUCUGUUUGCAAAACUGAGGGCUUCAGUGGAGGCGACUGCCGCGGUCUUCGCCGCAGAUGCUUCUGCACCAAACACUGUUAAUGAGUAAUUAGCAAUGCAAGAAGGAUGCAUAUAAUUGUAGCGUACCUACGUGUUUAGAAUAAAUGAUGUUUGUGUCUACUUGCUGUGUUUUAAGGUUGGGUGAUCUAUGUAGCUUGGAUUUGUGUAGGAUUGUAAUGCCGCACUUCGGUUCUUUCUUUUUAGCAGGCGUUUUGAGUAUGCAUCCUUCCUUUAGCAAUCUGAAGAAAUAAUUACCAGUAAUGAUGCUCUAUGUGCUUUCA